GUAUAUUCUUUUUUUCGUUUCUUAGAAUUUGCCAUUCGUUUAUUCAGUUUCACUGAUAUUUUGCAAUAAGCUUCUCAGUUUGUUUGGUAAUCUGAAGCAUUAGAUUCUUCUUUUGAGGAUGCCUAAAGCGGAUAAGAAUGCUGAUUUUAUAUAUUGGCUUGGAACUGACAUAUCAACAAAGAUUCUCACCCAUUUAGAUGACCCAGCUGAUCUUGUCCGUGUUUCCUCUGUUUCAAGGCUUUGGCACCGAUUUGUUGUUGAAAAUGGCAUCUGUAGGCAACUUUGCUUCAAGAAGUUUCCAGAAAUAUCUACCGCUGCUCGUAGCAUUGAAGAGAACAACAUGAUAGAACCAUUAAAAUUCAGUCUUCGUAAUAAUUCUAUUGAAUGGGAAUUCCUCAAGAGGAAACGCAGAAUAUAUUCCUUCUUAGCACAAGGGCUUUCCCCUGUCAUUAGAAAAGAUUGCAUAUCACUAUCCAUAAGUGCAUCUAGCACUGACAAUUAUCCAACAGAAAGCGUUCACAAUACUUUAGAACCGAGGGAUCGGUUUGAGAAUGGACCUUCAUACUGGUCAAGUAGUGGGAAAAGUGACCCUGAUGUGCCUGAGACAUUGCUGUACAAGUUGGUGGCCAAAUUGUGUGUUGUUACUGAAAUCCAUGUUCAACCAUUCGAAGCAUAUUUUCAGUAUGGCUUCCCAGUAUACUCGUGUAAGGCUAUCCGAUUCAGAACUGGCCAUCUCAGAAACCUAGUGGAAUUGAAAGAUGAGUUUUUAGAUAAUGCCUCUGUGGCUCACAGAUUGGAAGAUGAUAGAUUCGUAUGGACAUACAUCUCACCUGAAUUCCCAAUGGCUCAGGAAAAUGUGUUACAAAAGUUUGAGCUGCCAGAACCCGCUCUCUGUGUUGGAGGUUUUCUGCUAGUCGAGUUAUUGGGUAGGGUUCAAAGACAAGAAAUAGACGGAUUAUACUAUAUCUGUAUUGCUCAUGUCCAAGUCGAGGGUCGGCCACUCUCACGACCUUUUGACAUCGAAAUGCUUGAUCCCUCAGGGAAGUGCUCCUUCAAGUAUUAUAAAAAAGCAGUGUCUUCUGAGUCAACGCUGAAAUUUCCAAUCUCAGAGGUGGGAACUCUGAACGACUUGGGAAGCAUUUCACCAAUGCAGGCAGCAACAAGAGUGCUUUUGGCCCGUGGCCUCGGAAGUUGAUGGUGCAACAACGUAGACUCUAAUUUUCCAAGUUAUUUUAAGUCUAUGAAAACUGACGCUUUUGUGAGAUAUAAUAACAGUGCUAUUUAGAUGGCACGGAUCUUUCUGAUAAUCUCUCUUAACUUGCAUCAUAUAACGGGUAAAUGUAGGUAAAUGGUCCAGUUACGUCCCAAAUUCCCAUGUUUUACGUGACAUGUAAUUGCGUGAUAUAUACACACGGAUGUGGUAAAACCCAAAUACCACCAAAGAGAUCAACUCCCAGAAAAGCCUGUCCCGGUUAAAGGACGCAUAAACGGAAUGUGUAAACCAAAGUAAUGUUAAUACGAAAUCUGUUUGUUCUUGGGAUUUUGUCCGAUAGAUUACACUUGUAGAAGACUUGGUGACAGAAAAGCCUCGGGAAAAAAAAAAAAAAAAA